AUGGCGCGCAAGUGGCUGGAUUACGAGAAGGAAAUUAUGGAGGCGAUGUUGAUGGAGCGGGAUAUCUUGGUUGUCCUUGCCAGAGGUUUGGGACUAAAGUCCAUCGUUGGAAAGUUCAUGGAGCUGUACGCCCAGCCGACGAGCCUCACGUUGUGUUUGAACGCGUCACACGACGCCGAGGUAUUUGUCGAUUCGCUGCACGCUCAAGGCAUGUCCAAGGAGCGCAUGCCGCAGGUGAUCACAAACAAAUGCAACGCGCAAGAAAGAAAACUCAUGUACAAAAGUGGCGGGUGCAUCAUCAUCACAUCGCGCAUUCUUGUGGUUGAUAUGCUCAAUCAUGCGAUCGACAUAUCUAUGAUCUCUGGGCUCUUGAUAUGCAACGCACACAAAGUGACCGACUCGUCCGUGGAGGCCUUUAUCUUGCGUCUCUUUCGAGAGGUGAACCGCAAUGGGUUUGUGAAGGCCUUUUCGGACGACGCGAUAUCGUUUUCGUCUGGAUUCAACAAGGUCGAGCAAGCGAUGAAGCUACUGUACCUUCGAAAAGUGCUGUUUUACCCGCGCUUCCACGUCUCUAUUGGCACAUGCCUCGAGCAACACGAACCGGACGUGUUUGAAGUCGAAGUUCCACUGACGCCAUUGAUGAUGGAAAUGCAGCAAGCACUUCUCGUUGCCACAGAAGCAACCUUGAACGAGCUCAAGCGGAGCUGCAAGGACCUGGAUGAGACCGAGCUCACCAUCCAGAAUGCUCUCACGAAAGCUCUCGACUUGCUCUUAAAACGACAGUUGACGUCGAUUUGGCACCAACUUCCUGCAAAGACCAAGCAGCUCAGCGCUGACCUUACCCAACUCCGCCAGCUGCUGGCAUAUCUACCCCGCUACGAUGCUAUCACGUAUUACAGCUACUUGCUUACGCAGAAGCGGCUCAGCGGGCAACAGCGCAUCCCAUCGCCUUGGUUGUUCAGCGAAGCUGCCGACAGAUUGUUCACAGCGGCGAAAAAACGACUGUAUGAACUCAAAAAGGUCAAGCACAAGAAAACAGGCGCAAUCGACUACGAACUCAAGGUGACGCUGGAGCUCAAUCCCAAGUGGGAGUCGCUGCUGCAGGUUUUGACCGAACUUGAAGACACCCCAAUGCGACUGGCCGGGGCCACGACGCUUGUCAUGGUGCGAGACAACCGCACUGCGUCGCAACUUCGAGAAAUUGUGUACAUGGGCGGCACGGCCAUGAUGCAGAGACGAUUUGGGCGCUACCUCAAGCACAAAAACGAGAACAUCGUGGCGAAUCUGUCAUCGUUUGGUGUCGAGCAGAAACUCUUGCACGCGCUGUCGGCGACGUUGGUCGAUGAGAACUCUUCGCACGAUACCACGGCAAAUUCGAAUGGAAAGCGGAAGGCCACAACCUCGGCAGCGCCGUCCUUCUCUACAGCCAGCGAGGUAGCCUCAUACGGGAUGCCGUUGGAUGAGUUGGUGCAUCUCAGCUCCCAACAAGACUCAAAACGACCAAAGCCGACUGGCAAGCUGGGUAUCCUCCCCCCGCAGGACCAACUCGUUCUGUGCACGUACGCUGACGCCGAGAAGUGCUCGAAUCUCCUGGACGAUCUGCGCCCAUCACACAUUAUCCUGUACGACCCCGACGUAAGCUUCAUUCGAGAGCUUGAAGUGUACAGCGCGUUGAGUUCGAGCCCGAUCCAAGUGCACUUUAUGGUGUACGAAAACAGCGCUGAACAGCAGGCAUACUUGACCGAGGUGAAGCGCGAAAAGGAUGCCUUUGACCGCCUAAUCAAACAAAAGGAGCACAUGGUGAUCCCGCUGAAUGUGUUUGACCUGCCCGCACACUUGAAAGUGAAGAAACCCGUGGCGUAUAGCCUGGACACUCGCACAGGCGGCCGUGCUAAGCUCCACACGCAGUCGAAUCAAGUCGUAGUUGACGUUCGAGAAUUCCGAAGCGCUCUCCCGUCCAUGCUGCACAAAGAAGGGCUUGUCCUCUACCCCGUCACGAUCGAAGUCGGCGAUUACAUCUUGUCACCGCGCAUUUGUGUCGAGCGCAAGAGCAUCAGCGACCUGUUUGGGUCCCUGGCGAACGGCCGGUUGUUCAACCAGGCCGACAUGAUGCUUCGGUUUUACCAGGUGCCCGUCUUGCUUAUCGAGUUUUCUCCGGAAAAGCCGUUUGCGCUUCAGCAACCAUCGGACAUUACAAGUGAUAUCAAACACACGAACAUUUGCUCGAAACUGAGUUUGUUGGUGCUCCACUUCCCCCAGCUUCGAUUGCUUUGGUCGAGAUCGCCGCAAGGAACUGUCGAGCUCUUCAAGCUCGUCAAGAAAGGCCAAGAGGAUCCAAGUGUGGAGGCCGCAAUGGCCGCAGGGAGCACUGCAUCGAAUGCUGGCCUCAACUCAAACGCGAUCGAUGUCCUGAGGAAACUUCCGGGCGUGAACGACCACAACUACCGCAAAUUGGUCGCGAGCUGCCGCAACCUAGCCGACUUAAGCUCGAAAUCCGUCCAAGAACUGGAGAAAUGGAUUGGCGCGACGUGUGCGAAGAAGCUUCAUGCGUUCUUCAACCAUGUUGCCGACUAA